CAGUCCAAAGGCCAUAUGCGGGCGACUCUAGUCGCGUUAGUGCGAGAGAGACUAAAUUAAAUUUAAAAAAAAAAAAAAUUAUUAAUUACAUGUUAAAUUAACGGUCAAAAAUACAGAGUGAUUCUGUGCAUGAUUUUCCAAAUCAAUUAGAACCAAAGAUUUCAAUUUCCACUGGAAAAUUAAUAUUCGAAAAAAAAUAAAUAUUGUGUGUAUGACACGUGAAAAUUGGAGUAAUUGAUUUUUAAAUUAUUAUCAACUGGAUAAACACAAGUGGUUAUUGAAAGGAUAGUCAAAUAGCACAGAGCACAUUUAAGCUGUUUUAACUGUAAUUUAAUCAAAAUUCAAAAAAAUUAUUUAACGAGGGCCCGAGGGGUGGUAGGUCCAUUUUGGAUUUUCCAUUCACUUGAAAUUUUCAUUGGCAAUAUUAAAAUUCAUGGGUUUUCAAAAUUUUAAUGUUUAAUUAUAAUUUAAGUAUAAAAAAAGUGAAUUAAAAUGUCAGGAAUUCGAAUUAAUAUUGAGGAAGCAUCAAACGAUGGACGCUGGCCUAUCGAUCUUGAAAUCGAGGAGGUGUAUGGCACAACAACAGCAGCAGGAGCAACAACAACAUCAACGAGUUCAGGAACGUGGCAUAUACCAAGACCAUCAUUAGUUGGUAAAAGUGAAAAAGACAGUGACAAUGGAAGCAAUUGGGCGCAUCAUCAUAAUUUACAUCCAAAUUCACCAUCAAGAGGAUCAACAUCCUCACAAGGAUCAACAGCAAGUACACACAGUGCAGCAUCAGGAACACUUUUAUUAACAGCAGCAAAUUUAGCAAGUCUUGCUGCAAUGCAUCCACCAACAAUAACAGCACCAAAAUCAAUGGACAAUGUAUCAGUAGCAAGUAGUACACAUUUUACUGUUGUCAAUGGACUUGGUAGACCAACAACUGUUUAUAAAAAAUCAUGGUGUGCCAGACAUCAAGUAACAGUACUUGUUUGUACAAUGAGCUUUUUAUUUAUGGUUGGUCUUAUUGUUGGUGUUGUUUAUAUGGAAAUGAAACACCGUGAUAAAUAUGACUAGACGGUUUUUUUUUCUUUUUUCUACAACUGUGGUGCUGCAAGAUCAACCAGAGGAUUAACAACUUGUUUUUUUUUUUUUUUUACUAUUGGUAUUUAAUAGAAUGAAAAAAAAAAAAAAGCUCAAGCAAUGUUGGCACGUGGAUAAAAAAAGAAAAAACCAAUUUGUUUAAUUUUUAAAUAUCACGUAGAAAUUAGUAAAUGUUUUUUUUGUUUAAAAAACAAAAACUUGAAUAAUUAGAUUUUAAUUUGUAUUGCACAGUAUGUGUGGUACGUGACAGUCAAGUAAUAAUAUAUAUUAAGUUUUUACAACGAGA